AUGGUUAUCGGUUAUACGUGCCAUUGCCCACCUGUCCUCCCGCUCUGUGCCUCAGUGUCUCUGCUGGGUGGUCUGACUUUUGGCUAUGAACUGGCUGUCAUAUCCGGCGCCCUGCUCCCACUACAGCUGGACUUCGGGCUGAGCUGCCUGGAACAGGAGCUCCUGGUGGGCAGUCUGCUGUUAGGUGCUCUCCUCGCCUCCCUGGCUGGGGGCUUCCUCAUUGACUGCUAUGGCAGGAGACGAGCCAUCCUGGGGAGCAACGUGGUGCUGCUGGCUGGCAGCCUGACUCUGGGUCUGGCGGGCUCCCUCCCCUGGCUGCUCUUGGGCCGCUCAUCCGUUGGCUUCUCCAUCUCACUGUCUUCCAUGGCUUGCUGUAUCUAUGUCUCAGAGCUGGUGGGGCCGCGACAUCGGGGUGUUCUGGUGUCUCUCUACGAGGUGGGCAUUACUGUCGGCAUCCUGUUCUCUUAUGCCCUCAACUAUGUCCUGGCGGGCACCCCUUGGGGCUGGAGGCACAUGUUUGGCUGGGCAGCUGCACCUGCUCUCCUGCAAUCGCUGAGCCUUCUUUUCCUUCCUGUUGGUGCAGAGGGCACAGCAGCCCACCAAGACCUCAUCCCGCUCCAGGGAGGGAAGGCCAGCAAACCGGGCCAGGGGAAGCCACGGUACACCUUCCUGGACCUCUUUAAGACCCGGGACAGUAUGAGGAGCCGAACUGUAGUUGGCCUGGGACUGGUGCUGUUCCAGCAGCUAACAGGACAGCCCAACGUGCUCUAUUACGCCUCCACCAUCUUCCGCUCUGUAGGCUUCCGUGGAGGCUCCUCAGCUGUGCUGGCUUCUGUGGGGCUUGGUACUGUGAAGGUGGUUGCCACCCUGACUGCCACAGGGCUGGUGGACCGUGCAGGCCGUAGAGCCCUUCUGCUUUCUGGAUGUGCUCUCAUGGCCUUGUCUGUCAGUGGCAUAGGCCUGGUCAGCUUUGCUGUGUCUCUGGACUCAGGCCCCAGUUGCCUGACCACAUCCAACACCAGUCGGCAGAUGGGUGACCUGCCUCAAAGCUUGGGUCUGCCUAAUGGUUCAUCUCCACCACCAGUGCCACGAACCAGUGGGGACCAAGGACAACCAGUCCUUCCAAUCACUGAGAGAACCAAGCCCCAUCCAGUCACCACAGUGUCCCUGGGACCAGCUCUUAAUACUGCCUCCCCAGUUCCCCCAGCUCCCAUCUUGGAACACACCCUGCUGUGCUGGUCUGCACUGGUUUGCAUGAUGGCCUACGUGAGUGCCUUCUCCUUUGGAUUUGGACCAGUGACCUGGCUGGUCCUCAGUGAGAUUUACCCAAUGGAGAUCCGGGGGCGAGCCUUUGCCUUCUGCAGCAGCUUCAACUGGGCGGCCAACCUCUUCAUCAGCCUUACCUUCCUCGACCUCAUCGGUGCCAUCGGCUUGUCCUGGACCUUUCUGAUGUAUGGGAUGACUGCUGUUCUUGGCCUGGUCUUCAUCUACUUGCUUGUUCCCGAAACAAAAGGACAGUCCCUGGCUGAGAUAGAGCAGCAGUUUCAGAUAAACAGAUUCCCUCUGUGCUUUGGCCACCGGCAGAACCCCAGCAGUAUCCAGUACCAUCGCCUGGAGGUCUCUCCGGCCUCCUGAGGGUCCCGUUUGCUUGGAAGGUGCUGGUAUAUUGGUUUCUGCAGCUCCAGUUUCCUGUCUGCUGGGGCCUGGAACUCAUGAUCUAGGUUUCUUUCCACAGUGAUCCCUGCCCUAAAGGCUGCCUCUUCCUGGGGUGAGAGAUGAACCCCCUACUCUUCAUUUUUAGUGUGAGACCCCAAGGACUCUGGAAGAUCUAGCUCCUGCUUCGGUGUCCCUGUGGAGUUGGCUUGUCUGCAAUGUUUAUGAUGACAUCCUCUGUGGUGUCUCCACCAAGGGCUUCUCAGAUGACCCGGAAGGAAGGGUCUCGGCCUUCCUGUCCACUUGCCAGGGUCUUAGUGAUCAGGAGCCUGUUUUGGUCACUCCCUUCCUCUUGUUCAGGAUAUUUAUCGGGUACUGGGACUCUGAGAGGGGACAAGAGGCUGUUGCUGAGAUAGCUUUAUGACCCUGGCCUUAGUUUAUGCAAGGGUCCCACAGAAACCUGGACUAGGCUAAGAUCCUAAGAUCUCUCCUCACACCACAGGGUUGGAAGUCUCAGAGCAGGGACAGAAACGCAGUGAGGGCCCUUUCAUGUGGUCUUGGGACAGAAGCUUUGUUAGCAGAAAAUGUACCUAGAUAUGAGAGUCUGGCACCCUGGAAUGCAAGAGCUGGCCCUCAGCAUGUGACAAGUGCCAGGGUAGGACAGGGGGCUUUGAAGGAAGAAAGGACUUGGAGGGACUCAGUUGGUGGUGGUUGUGACUUCUACUUUGGGUGCUAUUGACUUGCUUGUUUUGUCUCAAUUUUUCCACCUGCAGAAUGGGCAGAGUUGUGCCCCUCAGGAUGUAUUGACUUACCCCACCUCCCUCAUGAGGCUCUUCAGUGAGUUCUGGGGGCUUCUGCUCACUGUGUUACACAGGGCACCUCCUUGGGGGCAUUGUAAGGGGUCAGUCUGCUGGAGUCCACCAAAUGGCUCAGGUCAGAGGCCGCAUAAGGAGGAUGGAAAAAAGACAGAGUCGGUUCCUGGACACUGGGUAGCUGGCCUCAUCGUCACUGCAAGUCAUA